GUGUAAUUCGGGGCUUACAAUUCUUCUCUCAUCUUCAUCCAUUCACAUUCAUUUCCUGACACGCUAUAUCACUCUCCUUUUACACGUUUUUGUUUUUCAGUCUUUGUCUCAGUUCUAAUCAACAACAACGUUGUUGUUGUGUUGUUUUACUUCUUCUCUUAUUGUCACUGUUUCUGUUUCAAACUGCUUCUUCUUAACGCCAAAACAAAGCACGUUUCGUUACACCCCAGAUGAAAAAUUAAAACAACUCCUUUGUUUCAUUACACCCCAGAUGAAAAAACAGAACAACUUUUUUGUUCAUUGUUGUUGCUUUCUUCUUCACGUUUGAGGGAUAUGCAGUCAACGAGUCAUCCAUUACAGGUAUCUGUGCUUCCUGAUUCUAAGCACGGGAGAUCACGUUUCUGUGGCCUUCUUCCUGUGAUUUCCGUGCUUUGUCUAAUCUUAUUUAUAGGGAGUACAGUCAUAGCACCGGACCAUGAAAUGAAGCUCGAUGUUUUUCCCAGUAAAUUUAAAGGAUGCAAGGCUCAAUGCCGACCUCCUGGAAGUGAGAAAUUACCAGAAGGCAUUGUCUCAAAGACGACUAACUUGGAUAUGCGACCAUUAUGGGGCUUUCCCCAGAGAGACAAUUCUUCUGUCAACUUAUUUGCAAUGGCCGUUGGAAUCAACCAAAGUGAUCUUGUGGAUAAAAUGGUCAAAAAGUUCCUAUCAAGUAAUUUUGUUGUGAUGCUUUUCCAUUAUGAUGGAAUUGUUGAUGAGUGGAAGAAUUUUGAAUGGAGUAAGCGUGUCAUACAUGUUUCUGCACCAAAUCAAACCAAAUGGUGGUUUGCAAAGCGUUUCUUACAUCCAGAUAUAGUUGCCGAGUAUAGUUACAUUUUUCUUUGGGAUGAGGACCUUGGUGUUGACAAUUUCAACAUUGAACACUAUUUAUCAAUCAUCAAGAGUGAAAGGCUUGAGAUGUCACAACCGGCACUUGAUCCUGCCACAUCAGAGGUGCAUCAUCUAAUUACAGCACGGGGGAGGAAAUCAUCGAUAGUGCACAGGAGGGCUUUCAAGCCCGGUGUUCAUGGGUGUAACUCAAAAAGUAUGGCGCCUCCGUGCACUGGGUGGAUCGAAAUGAUGGCCCCGGUUUUCUCAAGAGCUGCCUGGCAAUGUGUAUGGUACAUGAUCCAGAAUGACCUAAUUCAUGCUUGGGGUCUAGAUAAGCAGCUCGGGUAUUGUGCACAGGGUGAUCGAACUAAAAACAUUGGUGUCGUCGAUGCUGAGUACAUAGUUCAUUAUGGUCGCCCUACACUUGGACGUGUGGAUGAAAAUAAGAAAAAUUUGUCUGCAAAUGUCAAUAGUUCUGGAACAGAAAAAUUAUCGAGGGCAAAACAUCAGCCUCGACCGAUAAAUCCUAGAGUGGAAGUGAGGAGACAAUCCUACAUAGAAUUGGAUAUCUUUAAAAAGCGAUGGAAAAAAGCUGUUGAUGAGGAUCAAUGCUGGAACGAUCCGUAUGCUCAAUAGCAGGCAAGCAAACGAUAUACUCCAAUCAUGUAUGGUCUCUUAAGGCAGUCUAAAAUUUGUUUCGUUAUGGAUUAUAUAUGAUUUUUUACGAAAGACGGGGGCGGGGGAGAUAGCCGGUGCCAGAAUUGAAGGUACUUGGAAAGAUUUCAAAGUUAUAGAAGAGAUGUUUAUUGAUUUAAAACACAUACAAACAAGUAUUUUCUUUGUCUUAGUAUAUAAUUUAAUUCAAGUCUUGUAAUUAAAUUAUUCAUUUUUUUCUUCUUAAAAUAAGGGGAAUGCAAAGUUGUAGAUACAAUCAAAAAUAAUAGUAAAAGUCUCUUUUUUACUAUUAUUAUUAUCAUUUGAUUAUGGAGGUCCAUCUUUCAUAAGUUCAGGAGCAGAGGUAGGGAGUUUAUUUUUGGGUGUUUAAGUGUAAUAUUCAACAAAUGACAAGGUUAAAGUUGAAAAAAAGAAUUUAAGAAGUUG